CCGUAGUUGAUAGGUCAUCACCGGAAAAGGUCACAUGCAAAGCAACCAAGAUGGCGGCCUCCUUGUGUUUGUGUUCUCAGAUAUGUGUCAGGCGAUGUGUACAGGCAUGCGGUCCUUCUUACAUGCCCCUGCACAAUAAUAUACAUCACAUCUACAGAGUAUGCGGAUCCCUCACCACCUCUUCACAGGUCCGGCACUCGUCCAGAGGGGAGGGCCGGAAGGGAUUCAUUGGGGGGUUCCUGGAGAACCUGAAGCAGGAGCUGAACAAGAACAAGGAGAUGACCGAGAACAUCAAGAAGUUCCGCAAGGAGGCCCAGAAGCUGGAAGAAUCAGACGCACUUCAGCAGGCUCGCAAGAAAUACAAAACGAUAGAGUCUGAAACGGCGAAGACCUCAGAAGUACUCAGGAAAACGUUUGGGACCAUCUCAGAGUCAGUGAAAGAGGGGCUGGAGGAGGUCAGUCGUACAGACCUCGGGAAGAAGAUCAAGGAGGGUGUUGGGGAGGCCGCCAAGUCGGCCAAGAGCUCAGCCGACUCUGUAUCCAGGAGCAGGGAGAAGUUUGGGAAGACGGGAGCCUUCAGGGCCAUAUCACAGGGCAUGGAGAGCGUGAAGAAGGAGAUCGACGACCUGGGCCACACCGGGCCCUACCGCCCCCCCUCCAGACUGCGGAAGAGGACCGAGUUCUCCUCCAAGGGGGCGGCGGACCAGGGGAAGGUCUUUGAGGCCAACGAGGAAGCCAUGGGCGUGGUUCUGCACAAGGACUCCAAGUGGUUCCAGCAGUGGAAGGAUUUCAAGGAGAACAACGUGGUGGUCAACAGGUUCUUCGAGAUGAAGAUGAAGUACGACGAGAGCGACAACACCAUCAUCAGGGCAUCCCGCGCCGUCACAGAGAAGAUGACUGACAUCCUAGGCGGACUCUUCUCAAAGACGGAGAUGUCGGAGGUGCUCACGGAGAUCCUCAAGAUAGACCCCGCCUUCGACAAGGAUUCCUUCCUCAGGCAGUGUGAACGGGACAUCAUCCCCAACAUCCUGGAGGCAAUGAUUCGAGGGGAGCUGGAGGUACUGAGAGACUGGUGCUAUGAAGCGACGUACAGUCAGCUAGCCCACCCCAUCAAGCAGGCCAAAGCCAUGGGUCUGCAGUUCCACUCUAAGAUCCUGGACAUCGACAGUAUUGAUCUGCCCAUGGGCAAGAUGAUGGAGCAAGGCCCGGUGCUGAUCAUCACCUUCCAGGCUCAGAUGGUGCUGGUGGUCCGCAACCCCAGGGGAGACGUGGUGGAGGGCGACCCUGACAAGGUGCAGAGGAUCAUGUACGUGUGGGCUCUGUGUCGGGACCAGGAGGAGCUCAACCCGUACGCCGCCUGGAGACUGCUGGACAUCUCCGCCUCCAGCACGGAGCAGAUCCUCUGAGAUGGAGGACGCACACACGCCUUAACGCACACACACACACACACACAGACGCACUGCACAGCCACACAAGCCCAACUGCUUACCCAGGGACGGGGAUGAAGACUCAGGGGGUCCCCUGGGGCUGGCUGAUAAGAGCCCCACACUCACACUUCAAAGAGGUAGAAGUUAGAAAGACGGUCGGGGAUGGUGGGCGCCUCGCUGCCGACGGAGGUGCCGAGCGACCUGCUGCGAGGCAUUAUCUGCUCGCCAGGCUCCUACGCUGGCAGGCAGCCAGAGACCUCCUUUCUCCCUUAUGCUCCUGAAGGCUGCGAGGCAGACCUAGGGAGAGGAGGGUUACUUCCGCGUUCGCAUACCAGUUGUUCUGCGGACGGCCACAAGGGGGCACUAUAUCACCGACUGGUCUACUUGAACGUCCUCGGCUGUCCGCCCUGUCCGCUUGUCAGUUAAGUUUGGAACGUAAUUAUAGUCAUUUUUGUUCUUCUCGAUUGACUUCGGAUAUUUUUGUUGAAACAAAUGGGUUUGGAAUCCAUGACGUUUGGUUCAUUUCCACUGGGAUUUAUGUCAUACAUGUCUGCUAUGUUGUUGUCAAAUGGGAUGAUGACUGCCAUUCGGUGAUUAUCUGGGUCUGUUUGUGUGUGUGUGGAGGGCCUAUAGUAUGACGCUAAUGCAGUGCUGCUGGCCUCAUUAUUUUGUACAACAAAUUUGUUUGUAGGAUUUGAGGUGAUUGGAGUCUUCAGAUAAGUCUAUAUUUAUUAUAAAAAGUAAUAAAGAUGACACCUGAUUUUCUUAUUUGAAGAGACCUUUAAGAAAUGUAUAUGAUGGGAAUAAUUCCACACAUGCCUAACACAUCAGGAGAAAGAUUUGGCGUUUCAUUAAAGGGCAAUUUCUAUUUAAA